CAAUCCCGGUAUUUGGAAAUCUGAUAUCGAAGUCUGUCUUGUUAGCUGCCUGUGUACGGAAUUCAAGAAAGUAGUGCGACACCACGUAAAGUGGUCAGUCAUCAAACUCAGUCGUCACUGACAUCUUCCCACUCACCGAUGCCUCCUUUAUCCAAAACUGUCGAUUAUCUGCAAUACGAUGACCAGCAUCGGGUGUUGAUCUGUACGAAAUGUUCAUAUGCCAUCCAGAAAAGCGCAAUUGAUAGCCAUCUGCUUCGGCAUAAGAUCUAUCGUGCUGCGAGGCACGAACUCGUCCGCGCUGCAUCACAAUUAGACAUCUUAGAGCCGGAAGAUGUUUCCCUGCCCACGCCUGGCAGUGGUCCCAUUGUAGGCUUGUCAAUCAUCGAUGGAUACAAAUGUGCAUCGCCAAGAUGUGGAAGCUUGUUCGCCAGCGUCAAACGUAUGAGACGUCAUUGGACUGAAGAUCACAACAAUGUACAGGUUCCACAAGAAUUCGCCUUGUCCGUGCAGCUGCAGACAUUCUUCCGUGGUACCAAGUUGAAGUACUUCCAGGUUGACUCCCUGUCCAUGAUGAAUCCAAAGGAACAAGAUUCACCCUCUGGAAGCGCUAGCCGCCCAAAGCUUCCAAACGAUGUGAACCUAGAUCAUAUCAAUGAUUUCCAUCAUUACAACAUUCAUACAAGUAACAGUAUGCCCGCCGUUUCUUGGGUAAAGGAUCUUCCUGCGCAAGCACUAUAUACACCAAUACUGAUGAAUGGGAUGCUUGCCAUCGCAGUGGCCCAUAAGAUACUGAUCGAGUCAGACCUGGGCCUCAACACGGAAUUAGAGCUCUUUCGAUACUACUCCUACUACGUUACCAUACAGAACAGACAAGACGACGAUACUGACGCAACAAGGAUGCAAACCAUGAAGAAGCUCAGAGCACUUUGCAUGCUUUGCUCCUGGUCCGUCGAUACUAUUACAGUUCCAUCCACGAAACGCAUGGUGAUGCCGACUGUAGACGUCCUAUCUAUCAUUACGUGUAUGGAAGACAUGAUUGGAGAACCCACGAUCUCGAAUGCGAAGGCCGGGCACCUGUUUCCUCUCACCGCAAUCCUCGAGACCGUGACUUCAAUUGAAGAUCCUGUAUACGCGACUCUCAGCGUUCGAAAUGUGGACUGCAAUUUUGCAGACUCCCACCCCAUCGGAUUUUCUACAUCAACUCUCAACAAGGUCUCUUCACGUGAAGAUAUACCUCCGGCCAUAGCAAGAUCCAUUGGCAGUCUUCCAAUGCGUAUGCGAGAGGUUUUUGGGAAGCCGAGCGAGAUCAAGGACGUCUUGGCUUCGCUGUCCGCCAUAAAUGCACUUGAGGAAUGCAUAGCCCUCUACUUCACUUGCCAAGGGGAAGAUCAUCAUGUAGCAUGGCAGGCUCUGUUAUCGUGGAUUGGCAGAAUGUCUAUGCACUUCCGAAACUUGCUCGCCAAAAACAACCCAGCCGCACUGGUUAUAUUCACGCAUUGGUUAUUGCUUGUCAGACUGGCAGAAAAACAUUACUGGUUUCUCAAAGGGUUGGCUUCGUCAUUGUUGGCCGCCGUUGAGGAGCACCUGGGGGCUCUGAGUCCGGCACAUCAACUCAUUGAGUCCGUGAUCACCCUGAUUAUCACAUGAAUGGGUAAUUGGACAUGCACAAAUGUCUACUGUGCGUCUGCAUAGCAUCCAUAUACAGACCGGGGACAUAAUACAAAGACUACUAGUAAGGUUCUGCUGAAGAUGUCUCCAAUGCCGAGGAGUCACUUGGGAUGGGAGUCGAGGACAACGAACGCAAUACACAACUCAUACUAGCCGCGAGGAACCAAGACAAGGAUACAGACAAGAACUUGUCAGGC